AUGGCGGCUGGUAGUGGUGCGCCUAGUUGCAUCGUCAACAGUAGUAGUAGUAGUAGUAGUAGUAUAGUAGUAAUAGUAGUGGUGCCGGCGGCGAUGACGACGGGUGGUGGUGGUGGUGGUGGUGGUGAUGGUGGUGGUAGUAGUGGUGCCGGUGACGGUGGCGGUGGUGGCGACGGCGGCGACGGUGGUGGUGGUAGUGCCGGGUGGUGGUGGUGGACAGCGAAGAUGAUGGUGGGGUGGUCGGAUGGCGGCGCUCCCAGCGCGCAAGCCGUGCCGUCCGACGCGGAUGCAGUUACGGGAGCGCAGCGCGACCCAACGCAACUCGACUUAACGUCGCAUAUCCGGAGCCGGAUCAAACGUCGAGGCCUGGGCAAGUGGAAUACAGGGAAAGUGUCACCGAGGCAUUGUUCUCACGAGAAUCCCGCUGCUAUUAGGCAAAGUUUCAGGACUAUCGCGGUAGGCGUCGCCCGCGCCUCUCACGAUACUUUAUAA